CAGUAAUAUUUUACCUUUGAGUAACUGUCCCCAGCUGCAGUGCUGCAGGCACAUCGUUCCGGGGCCUCUGUGGUGCUCCUGAUGCCCCUCACCCACUGUCGAAGAUCCCCGGUGGGCGAGGGGGUAGCAGGGAUCCUUCUCUUUCAGCUCUGAUUUACAAGGAUGAGAAGAUCACUGUUAGCCAAGAUGUCCCGGUGCACGAAGGGAAGCCUCAUGUUGUCCACUUCCAGUACAAGGUCACAGAGGUGAAGACUUCCUCCUGGGAUGCAGUGCUUUCGAAUCAGAGCCUCUUUGUGGAAAUCCCUGAUGGGUUAUUAGCUGAUGGAAGCAAAGAAGGGUUAUCAGCACUGCUGGAAUUUGCUGAAGAAAAAAUGAAAGUCAGCUAUGUCUUUAUUUGCUUCAGAAAAAGCAGAGAAGAUAGAGCACCGCUCCUGAAGACCUUCAGCUUCUUGGGCUUUGAGAUCGUGAGGCCUGGUCACCCCUCUGUCCCAUCGCGGCCAGACGUGAUGUUCAUGGUGUACCCCCUGGAUCAGAACUCUUCCUCUGAUGAAGAAUAGCUGCGGCGGGGGACCCGAGCGUGACCUGAAAACCUUUUGAGAGGAGAGAGGGUUACAUCUCCUUUCUUGAGGAAAGGGAAAACAAGCUUUUGUUGAACUGAAACUGCAUUUCUCAUUGUUAGAUUGGCCUGUGUAUCCUCAGAGUUGACUAUCUCAUUGA